UAAACGUGUAGUGCCUCGCGUGUCUCGUCUCUUAUUAUGUGAGAGUCAACGCCUGCGACAAGUGCAUCAACUGUCUCCUUAAUUUCUCAUUUGUCACCGCUUGAGUAUUGAUUCAUUGAGUUAUUAUCGCUGAGGAAGGCAUUGUGCAGCUCGUUGUGGUGUGAAUUACAUGAGUCGGCAGUGUUUUAUAUCGACUCUCAGCUAUGUGGAUCGGUUGUGUGUCAAUGACGUGGGCACGAUGGAUUAUCACCUCUGAGGAUUGAGUAAAUAUUGUUAGAGAUGGGGAUUGAUGAGGAUCUAGUCACUGUACUUCGCGAUCUCGUGGAGUUCUUGGAAACGUUGUGCGACGUUAAGCUACCCGAGUCCCUCGAGAAUGUUCGAUCUGAUCUGCUCAGAAGGUCGAGAACGAGUCUGGAACUUCGUAUUCCAAACUCGACGUCGCCCGAGCCAUACUUGGAGAUGAAGCCUGGAAAGGGAAAAGCCCUAGUGCUUCCGAAGUUGAAUAAUCUAGAUGACACGAAUUUAACGGAGUAUAUUGAUGCCGAUCAUCAGGCUACGGCGCAGGAGGCUUCAGAGUGUCAGAAUGAGUAUGAGAGCUUUGGCAAUGCCCCUGCGAGCCCGCCCCUGGUGACUGAGAAAGAUGACGCGGAGGAGCAAUUGAGGAUGAUUUACAGGAGUUUUUCGGCGGAACAGACGAGGAGCAAAUGCCAUAAGUGCGGACCUCUUCAGCAGUUGAAGGAUGAGAGGAAUAUCUUUAUGAAGGCUGUGCUGCGGGAGCGACCGUGUUGGGUUGGCCUAGUCGGUACCUACUUGCUCACCUACGAGAACAAAGACGCGAAAAAGCCGAAGGAAAUCUCGUCAAUCCGGGGUUUCUCAGCCCGCCCAGCGCCAAGUCUGAUGAUCACGGACCCCGACCGUUCGAAAUCAGUCUUCGAGGUGUUCUCCCCGGGCAGUAAAACCCUGCAGUACAUCGGGCGCGCGCCCAAGGACAUGGAGCAGUGGGUAGCAGUGAUAAACCGCCUGGGAACAGGACCUCAGACCGAAAAGGCAAGCGCCGAGAUUCAAGGAGCUCUCUUCGAGCAACUAGUUCCCAGCUUCGACUCCAACUCCACAUUGUCAGAGGAGCAGUACCAGGACAUCGGGCAAGUGCCGGAAUCCUGCAAAGGGACGAAGACCCCAGAGAAGCCGAAGGUCCCCAAAGCCCCGGAGAAAGACGAGAAAUCCCCGGAAAAAUCAUCGAAGACUGCUGCGUCGAGUUCGCCCCCUCCGCUCCCAGCGAGGAUCCCCAGGAGGCUUCCAUCCCUCCCGCAAACACCAGCCCCGCGCACUCCCGCGCCCGACGAAAUUACCGAAGAGAAAGACGACAUAUACUACACGAUCGAAGACAUGAAAGCCGGAAUGACUUACAUCAACCUCAAGCCGCUGAGCAAAAAGACCGACCCCAGUCCCUCAGCGGAGAAGACAGACCUCGAGAUGUACGACGACAUCCAGGGGACGGAGCCAAAGCCCCUGACUCCUGAAAAAUCGGAAACCUACGACGAGGUGGGAUCAGCGGAGUGCAAGAAGAGGGAGAACACGAGAGACUCCCCGAAGAAGAAAUCAUUCUUCGACAGGUUCAAGGGGCAAAAGGAAUCCCCGAAGAAGGAGGACUCGAAGAAGAAGGAAAAGCAGAAUGUGAUCGAGACUUCCCGAACGACUGACCAGGAGCUGCCGACGUACGACGACGUCCGGGGGAUGUCACCCGAGCGAAGGGACGUGAUCGAGGAGCAGGAGAAUUACACGUGUCCCCCGGCCCCCAGACCAGUGUACUCGAGCCCCCCUUUGCAAAUUGAGGAAGAGAUUUACGAUGAUAUUGGGCACAUGCGUGAGACCGAGCGCGUUGAAUCACCCCCGACCAACGAUAAUUGCGAGUUUGAGCAUUAUCAAGUGCCCAGAGCACAGGAUCCAAUUGACCUGGGUCAAUUGAACGAUACGAAUGAGGAAGAGCUCUACGACGACGUCGCUAUUCGGGAUCAGUUCAGGGCGAGGCAGCGGGACUCCGCGUGCUCCUCGUCGUCCUCUGAGAGAGCUGCGAACAAUGUCGCGAAGGUUUGGAGCCGGUUCGCCAGUGGGAAGAGGAAUAGUGAUCGAAAUGGGGUGAAGAAGAAUGAGAGUGAAGAGGGGCUCGAGGGGAGUGUGGAGUCUGGGGAGGAUGGCAACGAUCCCAAAGUCAAUAAAUUCCAUAAACUUAAGAGCAAGAUGGAGCAUGCGUUGAAUAUCACUGGAAAACCUCCUAUUCCACCUUUUAACAGUAGAUGUGAUGGUCAUUAAUUAGUAAGUAAGAGAUUUAUGAUACGGUAUUAAAGUGAUGAUAAUUUUAUUUCGGUAAUAAAUUUCUUUAUAUUGAA